AUGCGGUGCAGCAGAGAAAGGGGCCAAAAAGUUCUACCAAUUUUCUACCAUGUGGAUCCGUCUGAUGUGCGGAAACAAACGGGAACUUUUGGAGAAGCAUUUGCAAGAUACGGAAACGUCACUGAGGAGAGGGUGCCGAGAUGGAGGGCGGCACUGACCCAAGCCGGCGGUCUGUCUGGAUGGCAUGUGCAGCAUGGGUAUGAAUCUCAGAUUAUUCAAGUAAUUGUUCGACGCAUUUCGAAAAUGCUGAUCAGUCGUCCUGAACUCUUAUUUAUUUCUGACAACCUGGUAGGAUUCAAUUCCCGUUUGGAAGAAAUGUCGUCACUAUUAUGUAUGGAGUCAAAUGAUGUUCGAAUGAUAGGAAUACAUGGAAUUGCUGGAAUAGGCAAGACUACCCUCGCCAAAGGAAUAUACAACCAAAUUGCUCAUCAAUUCGAAGGUGCUAGCUUUCUUUCAAAUGUUUCAGAGGUAGAGAGACACCGUGGAUCGCUUAAAUUACAAAGACAACUUCUAGCAGAUAUCCUACGGAAAAAAAUUGCACGCAUAAGCAACAUUGAUGAAGGCAUUAGCUUGAUAAAGAAGACGCUUUGCUCUAGAAAGGUUCUUAUCAUUCUAGAUGAUGUUAGUGCUUAUACUCAAUUAGAAUUCUUGGCAGGCCGUCACUGGUUUGGUUCAGGUAGUAGAAUUAUCAUAACAUCGAGAAAUAAACAUUUACUCGAUGUGCAUGAAGUUGAUGGAUUAUAUGAGGUUCAGAAAUUAAAAAAUAAGGAAGCUCUUCAACUGUUUAGUUUGUGGGCGUUCAAGGCAGACCUUCCUGACGAUAGCUAUUGGGAGCUCUCCGAACAAGUAUUAAAUUACUGUGAUGGACUUCCGGUUGCUGUUAAAGUUGUGGGAUCUUUCCUGCGCCAUAAGACGGUGCUUGAAUGGGAAGAUGAACUGCUUAAGCUAACAACAGUAGGGGAGAUUACAGUCCACAUAGUGCUUAGAUUAAGUUACGAUAGACUGGAUCACACAGUACAGGGUCUAUUCCUUGAUAUUGCAUGCUUCUUCAGAGGGAAGGACUCAGAUUCUGUUGGAAGAAUACUUGAUAGUUGCAACUCCUCUGCAAUUGGAAUGAAAGUUCUCAAAGAUUGUUCUUUGAUUAGUAUUUUAGACAACAAGAUAGAAAUGCAUGGUUUGAUGCAAAAAAUGGGUUGGGAAAUCAUUCGGAGAGAAUCACCUGGACAACCUGGCCAACGGAGUAGAUUGUGGAAUCCAGAAGAUGUCCAUGCUGUGUUGACACAAAAAACGGGGACAAAGGCAAUCGAAGGAAUAUCCUUUGAUGUGUCGGCAUCAAAAGAAAUACAGAUUACGACUGAAGCUUUUAAAAAAAUGACAAACCUUCGACUCCUCAGGGUCUAUUGGGAUGGACUUUCAUCAUAUGAUUCUAACACAGUGCACCUUCCCGAAGAAUUCGAAUUUCCUUCCUAUGAAUUAAGAUAUCUUCAUUGGGAUGGAUGGAGUCUGGAAUCGUUGCCGUCAAAUUUUAAUGGUAAGAAACUGGUUGAACUCAGUUUGAAGCAUAGCAGCUUAAACCACCUUUGGAAAGGGAACAAGUGUCUUGAAAAUUUAAUGGUCAUGGAUCUCAGUCACUCUCGAUACCUGGUUGAAUGUCCGGACGUGUCUGGUGCACCAUCUCUGGAGACACUAAAUCUGGAUGGUUGUACAAGCUUGCAUGAGGUGCACCCAUCAAUUCCUAGGCUGAAAAAUCUUAAGAUCUUGAAUUUGGGAAACUGCAGGAUGCUUCACUAUUUUCCCAGAAUCAUUGGAUUGGAAAAACUUGAAGUUCUUAACCUCUCAGGGUGCUCAAGACUUGAGAAGUUUCCAGACAUCGAAGCCAAUAUGGAGUCUUUAUUGGAGCUUUAUUUGGAAGGCACUGCUAUCAUUGAACUUCCCUCAUCGGUUGGGUAUCUCCGAGGGCUUGUUUUAUUAAAUAUGAAAAGCUGCAAAAACCUUAAGAUCCUUCCUGGCAGAAUUUGUGAUUUGAAAUCCCUCAAAACUCUCAUCCUUUCUGGCUGUUCAAAACUAGAGAGACUUCCAGAGAUCACGGAAGUUAUGGAACAUUUAGAAGAGCUUCUUUUAGAUGGAACAUCUAUAAGAGAGCUGCCCUGUUCAAUUCUUCAUCUCAAAGGUCUUGUGUUACUGAAUCUGAGAAAAUGCAAAGACCUCAGGAGUCUUCCAAAUAGAAUUUGUGGUUUGAAAUCUCUUGAAACCCUCAUUGUUUCUGGUUGUUCAAAACUCAACAGAUUGCCAGAGGACCUGGGAAUGUUGCAAUGCUUAAGGAGGCUUCAAGCUGAUGGAACUGCCAUAACAAAACCACCUGUCACACUUGUUCAUUUGACAAACCUUAGAGAGUUAUCAUUCAGGUUACUGCAUAGAGAAAAUUCAGAUGAUAUUGGUUUGCAGUUGCCUUCUUUGUCAGGUCUACGCUUCAUGGAAAAUUUAGAUCUAAGUGACUGCAAUUUAAUGGAAGGAACAGUCGAUAACAAGCUUUGCCACUUGGAGCUUCUGGAAGUAUUAAACCUCAGCAGAAACUAUAUGGUUAGCAUACCUGCAGACAUCAGUAGACUUUCUAAUCUGAAAGUUCUUUUGGUGAGGCAGUGUGAGCGACUUCAAAAAAUUCCGAAGCUUCCACCAAGAAUAAAAUUAUUAGAUGCCUGUGAUUGCACAUCCCUGAUGUCUUUACCGACUCCAUCUCGGAUGAUAAGCCUACAACACCGGUUGGUUUCCACUUGGCUUCGUCCUGUGGAAUUCAUGCUAUGGAAUUGCUCCGGACUAUAUCAGGAUCAUGUGGCAAUGGCAUUAGAGACACUUCAUCAGAAACUUUUUCCAGAAAUAGGAUACAGUAUUGUGAUUCCUGGAAGUAGGAUUCCAAAGUGGCGCUGGCAUGAGAAUAUGGGAGCUUCAGUUUCAGCAACCCUGCCUCCACAUUGGCUUGACAAUAACUUCUCGGGGGUUGCUCUAUGUGCUGUGUUUGCACUUGAGGAGGGCGAAACUAUUCAGCGGCCUGGUGAGAUUCGCUGUAAUUUUGAAUGCAGGGAAGGGCCUUAUUUCAGUCAUUCCAUCACUUGGACACACAGUGGAGACAGUUGUUGA